AAUUUCGGCCAAAAGACAUCAGUUAUCCCACAGCUGUCCAAGCCAUUUCACAACUCUUUCAAGAUGAAGUUCCUUAUUUUCGCUGCUCUGUUUGCUGUCGCUGCCGCAGCCUACAUCAAGACUCCCCCAGUUGCCCCAGUGUCUUCCGAAGAAACUGCUUCCGCCGAACUCGCUUCUUCCGAACCAUCCGGUUACGCAUCUUCAGUCGAUUCCGCCACUACUUACUCCACCACGACUGCCAAAUCCGAAGUUGAAGAGAAAGAUAACGAAGAUGAUGAGGACGAUAAUAAUUCGAAUGACAAUGAAGUUACACCAGUUUACACCAGCACUUCAACUUACCCUACUCCAGCUGUUUACAAGGCUCCCGCUUACUCUGCUCCGACAUACAAAGCUGCUUACCCCAAAUACUAAUCACUUUCCUUUUAACUUAUUGUGAAAUUUUAAUUUUGAAAUAAAAAGUAAUCACAUUUAAAUGGCAAUGUCGUGAUUAUUAUCUCGAGUUGAAAUCGAGGUAGGCGUCGUCUGCUAUUGACUAAUUUUUCUUUCAAGUUUGAAAUCACGAAAACUGCUUAACUGCCGAUUCUGAAAAUUCAUUCAUUUAAUCGGCUAUAGAAUACAGGAAUAACACGAACGUACGAUUGCUUUGAAGCGUGAGUAUCAUUGCGUGACUAUACGUUUAAUGUGGAAAAGUGUAUGUGGUUCUGGUGUGUACACAGCUCUGGCAUGUGAAUUGGGAAGUAGGCCAUUGCUUUUUUUUUAUUCAGAAUCAUGAUAAUUAUCUAGUUCAAUAUCUCCUGGCAAAGCCGGUUAAUUUAGGACAUCCCGUGCAAGGUCGCUUGAAGCGUGAUGGAGUGACGAGUUAAUCAAGCAGAUAAUACCUAGAACAUCUUGUCGAUUCCCUAUUUGCAAGCUGGGCUUGUGAUGAGAGAAGAGAUGACCUCAUGUAACUCCUUUGUUGUUGGUGUUAUCUAGUUUCUAAAUCGGGCAAUAUAAUCAAAGAGGUAUGCUACUCCUUGACUCGCAGCAAUAUAGGCCAGUGGAAAGGGCGAUAACAAACCAUAGGUUUGUCCUUCUGUGGUGCAUUCCCCCUAAUAACCCGGCCCUUACCCGAUACCCGGCCCUUACUUUCAUUUAACCAAAGAAAGUACCUCCCACUACUAUGCAGUAUGCAGUCUAAUCGCUGUGAAAUGCUAUAAAAUCGUCAAUCAACUCCGAUGGAGGUAUUCAGUCAUCUACAUUUACUCUUGCCAACAUGAAGUUUAUCAUUUUUGCUGCAUUGUUCGCCGUUGCUACCGCUGCCUAUGGUACGACUUACUCAGAGUCAGCUUCAUUUGAAAUUGCUUCUUCCGAAGGGGCUUCAUCCGCACCAGUUUACUCCGCAUCAGGCAAACAUGUGUACGAUAGCAACAAUGAAGACGACGACGAUGAUGAUGAAGAUGUCAAAGAUAACACUUCGGAUGAGACUAAGGACACAGCUACCUCAUACAAUUCAAAAGUUAACAGCAAGAAUUUCGAAAAGUCGUCAUCGGAAAAGGCCAGUUGGAUAACGCAGAAGGAUACCAAAUCCACAUACGAUGCCAACUCCAACGAUAAAACCAAAGAGACUAAAUCAACGACUGUCUCAUACUUCACCCCAGCUUACUCUGCCCCGAAAUACUCUGCUCCGGCAUAUUAUUCCCCGGCAUAUUCUACCCCCGCAUAUUCUGCCCCGGUAUAUUCUGCCCCGACAUACUCUGCCCCGGCAUAUUCUGCUCCGGUAUACUCUGCCCCGGUAUACUCUGCCCCGAAAUACUCUGCUCCGGAAUACUCUGCCCCGGUAUAUUCUGCCCCGUCAUAUUCUGCCCCGGCAUAUUCUGCCCCGGCAUAUUCUGCCCCGGAAUACUCUGCCCCGGAAUACUAUGCCCCAACAUACUCUGCUCCGGAAUACUCUGCCCCGGAAUACUCUGCCCCGGAAUACUCUGCCCCGGAAUACUCUGCCCCGGAGUACUCUGCCCCGUCAUAUUCUGCCCCGGAAUACUCUGCCCGGAAUACUCUGCUCCGGAAUACUCUGCUCCGGAAUACUCUGCCCCGGAAUACUAUGCCCCGACAUACUCUGCCCCGGAAUACUCUGCUCCGGAAUACUCUGCCCCGGAAUACUCUGCCCCGAAAUACUCUGCCCCGGAAUACUCUUCUCCGGAAUACUCUCCUCCUUAUUACUCCGCUCAGGCCGCUCCUUCCUAUGUUACCCCGGGCACCCUUUUGCCUUUUUGGCUACGACCAAGAAGUCAGUACUAAAUUAUUUACUAUUUUAAUCCUGUGUGUUCUUUGCUGUUACCAUAGUUUCUACAAAACAAAUUAUUUCAAUAGAUAUCUUUCAUUCAAGCUUAGCAGAAUCUUGAACACCGGCGUCAAUUUCUCGCAUAUAACAAAAAUCAUAUUUACGGGUCGUACUAGAAGGUUCUCUACCUGAUGCUGUUAGUGAUUUUAUGUUUUGUUCUUUUAAUGAAAGACAAGAAAUUCCAUCAUGGGGGCAUCGUUAAAUUAAGAAUAUUGCGGACGAAGAGUUAUA